UCACAUAUUUAUAUAAUUGCCGUUGCGUACGUACUAUACAUACGAUUUAUACUUUCUGUGCAGAAAAUAGUUCCUACUACAACCAAAGCUACAACAUUGCUCUUGGAGAGCCUUGGCCACAGAGAUACGGAUUGCAGAUAUACAAGCGCCGGCAUUGAAUUUUUAGUUAACGCUUGCAAUGCGACGCGCAACGACGAACGCGCUGAUGCGCGCAGUCUCGACGUUCGGAGAGGGCAACUUGGGUGUAGUCGCUGACUGCGCCUGCGCAGCCAGGCUCCUGUCACAGCGUCGUUUCGCUGUGGCUGGCGUUGCUGCAGGGCCAUUCCGUACUGCUGGCUCAGCUCCUCUGCAACGGAUCUUCCCCCAAUCCGCACAAGAAGCCCUGCGCAGCUUCGCCUGUCGCUCUGGCCUGGACCGUCCGCCACCAAAGACACUCGUCAUCGAGUAUGAUCCCGCAGAGGUUGACGCGUUUAUUGCGAUAGCUGAUGCGAUUGAAGCCGCGUAUCCCGUUGUGGUGGAGGGUAACCCGGAUGGGGAUGGGAGACUGGGGUCGUUUGAGGUGUUGACCGAGGAUGGCGUCCAGAUCUACAGCAAGCUGGAGAGCAAGAAGCUGCCCAGCGAGGAUGACGUUAUCGCGAGCAUUGCGGAGCGUGUGAAGAUGGCCAAGUCAGGGCCGGUGUCGGAUGUGUGCGGGUAGGGUACAGCCGCUGUCAAGCCCCAGGACUGAAAUGAGCAAAACAAUGGCAUGGGGUAUGACACUAAUACGGGCUUACCACUCGACAACCCGAUGCGAAGGUUGAGGAGUGGCCGGUGCUGGCAUGAGCACCAGGGAUUAGUCGGCUGCCUGAGAAUGAGGACUUAUGCCGACGCGGAAUGUGGCCAGAUGACACUCCGCACCAGGUUGUGGUAGCCAAAGGCGCCGCCCGGUAACCCCUAUAAACGCUGGC